AUGAUCAAAGACCACUUUGAACCUUUGUCUGUUCAUUUUUAUGUUACAGCUCGCCGUUUGAACGAAUAUAUCCGCCACUACGAACCACUCUCUUAUCCCACCGAAGAGGUCCACCGAGGUCACUUGAGGGCCAAGAGGUCGGUUACCCGCGACAAUUCCGUGACUCUGAAGUUUCGCUCGCACGGAAGGGACUUCCACAUUCGGUUGAAGCGAGAUCUGGCUACCUUUAGCAAUAAUUUAAUUAUCGAAGGGCCGUCCGGUCAAACGGAAGACCUCGAUACGUCCCAUAUUUACCAGGGCCACUUAGUCGGUGAGCCCGGUAGUCACGUGUUCGGAAGUAUCAGCGACGGUGUUUUCCACGGGAAAAUCAUAUCGCCCCGUGGUGGCGCGUGGUACGUGGAAAAGGCGUACUAUUAUUUUCCCCCACACGAGAUAAAUGACACGUUGCAUUCCGUCAUCUAUCAUGAAAAUAACGUGGACGAUCCGUACGCCCAUCUUCGAAAAGGUGAAACGGGAGGUUGCGGUAUCACCGAUGACGUGGUGGAGUGGAUGGACAGGAUACAAAAUUCCGCGGAACCGGACGAGGAACGUCCGGUGACCGAGAAGAAAUCCGAUCCGCCGCCGAUGGUGAAACCGUGGAACGGUGAUCAGGAGUCGCCCGGUCACAAGUAUUCGAGAGAAGCUAACGAGCCUAGCCACAGAAGGACGCGGAGGGCGACCAGGCCGAAGGAGGAUAAGAAGAAUAACACUUGUUCCCUUUUCAUUCAAACCGAUCCCCUAAUAUGGAGACACAUAUCGGAACAGUUACAUCACGACGCGGAGAAGACCAGGGAGGAGAUACUGUCUCUGAUCGCGCAUCACGUCACCGCGGUGAAUUACAUUUACAGAGACACCAGAUUCGACGGGAGGAUCAAGCAUAGAAACAUUAAGUUCGAGGUGCAACGGAUAAAGAUCGACGACGACACGGCGUGCACUCCCCAACAAACGUACGGCGAGCCAAAUCCUUUCUGCAUGGAGAACAUCGACGUCAGUAACUUUUUAAAUUUGCAUUCGCUCGGCAACCACGAGGAUUUCUGCCUCGCGUACGUGUUCACCUACAGAGAUUUUACUGGCGGUACUCUUGGUCUUGCCUGGGUAGCAUCCGCAUCUGGCGCAUCCGGUGGCAUUUGCGAGAGAUACAAAACGUAUACGGAAACGGUUGGGGGGAUGUACCAGUCUACCAAGAGAUCUUUGAACACUGGGAUCAUCACUUUCGUCAAUUACAACAGCAGAGUGCCUCCGAAAGUGUCGCAGCUGACGUUGGCUCACGAGAUAGGGCACAAUUUUGGAUCCCCUCACGAUUUCCCACCCGAGUGUAGACCAGGUGGUCUCCAUGGAAAUUACAUCAUGUUUGCGUCGGCGACGAGCGGAGACCGGCCGAACAACAGCAAAUUUUCGAAAUGCAGUAUUGGGAAUAUCAGUAACGUGCUGGACGCCAUAGAAGAUAAGAAGAAGAAAAAUUGUUUCACUGCCUCUGCCGGAGCUUUCUGCGGUAAUAAGAUAGUGGAAGCUGGGGAAGAGUGCGAUUGCGGGUACGACGAUAAUGAAUGCGUGGAUAAGUGUUGUUAUCCGAGGCAGAUAUCAGAUUUGGAUAAAAUGAAGAACGACACGGCGAAGGGUUGUACCAGAAAAUCCGGAACGCAAUGCAGUCCAAGCCAAGGGCCUUGUUGUUCGAGCGAGUCGUGCCAGUUCGUUCCCCUCUCCAAAAACGUUCAAUGCAAGGCUGAAUCGGAUUGCAGUUACAAUUCGACUUGUAACGGGCGAUCCUCCGAGUGUCCUCCGCCGUUGCCAAGAGCCAAUAAGACUAGAUGUAACGAGGGAACUCAGUUGUGCAUCAACGGCGAGUGUACGGGAUCGAUUUGCCUCGAAUGGAACUUGACCGAGUGCUUUUUAACCAGUAACGUAAUUCCAAACAUCGAUAAACGUAAAUUGUGCGAAUUAGCCUGUCAAAAUGGAACCGAUCCAUCCACCUGCCGUAGCACCAGCGAAUUUGCGCAUGUAGUCGGUCUACCCGAAGGUGGAAUUAGCCUCAGACCUGGAUCACCCUGCGAUAAUUUUCAAGGGUAUUGUGAUGUAUUUUUGAAGUGUAGAGCCGUUGACGCAGAAGGACCAUUAGCCAGAUUGAAAAAUCUUUUAUUCAAUAAGGAUACAUUGCGUACGGUAGCACAAUGGAUAACCGAAUUUUGGUGGGCGGCAGUAUUGAUGGGAAUAGCUUUCAUUAUUUUCAUGGGUUUGUUCAUCAAGUGCUGCGCUGUUCACACUCCAUCGAGUAAUCCUAAGAAACCACCGGCCAGACGUAUUAGCGAUACUCUAAGAAGACCGAUGAAUACUUUGAGAAGAAUGCGACAUCCACACGGAGGUGGAGCAGGUCCCAGAAGUAUACCUCCCAGACAAGGUCAAGGAGGACAUGGUACUAGGGGACCCUCUCACGGUUAUGGAGAGGGUAGAGGUGCUCAGUAUUAUCCGAAAGGCUAUCGCUCGGUUCCCACAGCUAGUGCGCCACCCAGUAGCAGCGCAGCACCCAACUACGCCCGGUCCAACCAUCCCGAAUUGUACGCAGGCGCCUAUUCGGGCUCCGGGGGAGGGGGGAGGGCCUCAGCCUACGAGAUGAGGCAUCACAACAAGGUGUGACGAUCCUAGAGAACUGCAACCAAGAACAAGGGACGGUCACGACGUUGCACCGUAAAUUGUUCUCUUGUUUAAUGCCAAACUGUGAAACGAGCCGAUCCACCCGACACAUCUCCUCUCAAGAUCGAUCGAAUCAAUGGAAGGAAUAUCCACUACGACGUAAUCGAAUGUAUUUGAAAGUAUCGAAGAUCGCCGAUCUACGUUUUCAUUUCAAGUAAACUCGCGCAAAGGGACUACUGGUUCGGAAUUGUAUAAAUUGGUGAAGUGUAUUAUAUAUAUAUGAUCAAUGGUGAUAUAUCGAGACUUCUCGUUUGACGUUGAUUUUUUUUUUUUUUUUUUUUUAUCGGCAAAAUAUAUACGAGGACAUCGACGUUGCGGGAAAAAAAAAAAAAACGAAACGAAUGAACAGCGUUGUGAACGUGAUAGAUCGUAAAACUCAAAAAAAUCGUUAAAAGACUAAAAAUAUUAUCGUACGAUUUUAUGUAAACUCGUCUUUUUAAAUGUUUCCUGCAAAUUCCUUCGUGUUGCCAAUAAGUAUUUUUCACGAUCAAAAUUGCGAAGCUUUUUUAAGACAAACUUCUUCUUCUUAAUGCCCACGAAAUUCUUCGAUGUAAACGUCAACCAAACCGAAUCAAACCGAAUUAUGGAGAUUUAUUUCUUGUGGACAACGCUGGAUUGCGGUAAUAUAUUGAACGCAACGUAUUUUUGUCGUUCGAUAUUAAGAACAUUUAUAUGGCCAAGGUUGCAUAGUAGUGUUUACGCCUCGAUUUCUUGUGAUGAAGUCGAAUUGCGUGUUUUUCGCUUCGGAAAGCGCAUACUUUUAUACUUGGAGACUGUUGGUUAGAAGAGAAAGGGAAGUUCAAAGGGAGGACGGAGACGACAAUAUAUAUUUGGAAUAAGUGUUAGGAUGAUAAUCGUAAUUUUUGAAAAGCUCCCAUUGAACAUACCUUGUGCCUUUUAACUCAUAUACGCAAUUGUUAUGUACGUUAUUCUAU